AUGGCCAAGUCCAAGAACCACACCACACACAACCAGUCCUGCAAAGGGCACAGAAAUGGCAUCCAGAGACCCCGGUCACAAAGAUACGAACCUCUUAAGGGAGCUGACCCCAAGUUCCUUAGGAGCCAAGAAGCACAACAAAAAAAAUGCCUGAAGAAGAUGCAGGCCAACAAUGCAGUGAGUGCGCUCACAGAGGCCAUCAAGGCCCUUGUGAAGCCGCAGGCCAUCAAGCCCAAGACGCCAAAGCGCUCAAGCUGCAAACUCAGCCGGCUAGCUUUCAUCGCUUACCCCAAGCUUGGGAAGCAGAUUUGA